AUGGCGAAAGGAUCGCACAACAGCUCGGUUGCGCGGCCAAAGCCCAAGGCUGCAACGGUAUUUGAGCAGGAUUCUGACGGAUCAGACACCAGGUCGCUGCAGCUCGAUUCCGGUAGCGAGCUUGGAUCUGACAUGGGUGAGUCUGCCGAUGAAGAAGAAGAAGAAGAAGAAGAAGAAGAAGAGGAGGAGGAGGAGGAGCAACCAAAGUAUGCACAAUUCAUGGAUGAUUCGGACCUUGAAGAUGCAACUGAUGAUGAGUCUGAGGAUGAAAACGAGGACGAUGUCGAGCAUGGAGCGUACAGCAUCGAAGAGGCAGACUCAGACGACGAGCAAGAUGACCUUCGACAACAGAUGAACAAGCUCCCAUUUUCGGCGCUCAUGAAGGCCAAGCAACAGAUGAAUGGAUUCUCAAGCGACGAUGAUCAGGAUGUCUUCUCUGAACCAGAUAUCUCGGACCUCGAAGAAGAUGAAUUUGCACAAGAUCGCCAGCGUCUUGCAGCGGCAAAAGCAGGUAAACGGCCUGAUUGCAAAAGCAACGGCAGCAGCAACUCAUCCCGCUCCGAAGAAGCACUCGAGCAAAAGCGUCUUGAAGUGCGCGAACGUUUACGACAGCUCAAGGGAGGAUCGACCUCAACCGUCGGCUCAUCCAGCAAGGGUGCAGCUGACGAGGCAUGGGCCGAAGCGCGCAAACAGCGUGAACAGCGGCGCAAAGAUGCCAAUCAACGCAAAGAGCUUGCCAAGCGUUCUAAUAAAAAUGCGCCCACAGAGAUAUCGAGCAAGCGACCCGUCUCUCGUCGUCGCAACGUCAUUGAGACCGCUUCAAGCCAGGUACGCGAUCCACGUUUCGAAUCUCUUUCGGGAAGCGUCAACAAGGAUCUGUUUGCCAAAUCCUACUCAUUCCUUCCUGAAAUGUUCAAAGACGAGCUUGGCACGCUCAAAAAGACGCUCACCAAGCUGAAAAAGCUAGAAGCGGCACAAGCCGGACCCAAAGCCAAAUCUGAGCAGGCGCUAGCGAUUCGAGAGGAGCGAGCCAAAGUCGAAGCUGCUUUGCGCAGAGCCGAGGGAUUGGCUGGAGAGCGCGAGCGAAGAGCGCGAGAGUCGGCUGUCAAGGGCAAGAUCAAAUCGCAGAACAAGGAGAGGGUCGAGAAGGGUUUGCUGCCGUUCUAUCCAAAGAAGAGCGAGAUCAAGCAGAUGCUCCUCAAGGACAAGUACGAUCGCUUGUCCGGUGGCGGCAACCAGGAGGGCAAGAGGGCGAGUGGGCAGGAGAAGAAGCAGCUCAAAAAGGCGCUGGAGAGAAGAAGGAAGAAGAACGCGCAAAAGGAGAAGAGGGAUAUGCCUGCUGGCAUCGGGUUCGCAAGAGAGGGAAACGGUGCUCUACCCAAACGGAAGAGGAACACGGCUGGCGGCGAUUCCAACAAACGAGCUCGGUUCUAG